AGGCCUGGAUAUCAUUUGUCCCACUUAAAGUCAGGAGGAGCACUCUUUAAUGUGAACUCCGGAGAUUCCUUUGUAAAACCACUUAACAGCCCGUUGGACUUCCCAAGUAUCAUUUCUCCGAGUACAGAUUCUAAUACUAGUCUCAAAAGCGAACUCCAUGAUAUUCAGUCUCCUUCGACAAUAACAUCCCCAACAAAUUAUGCACCAGAAACUAGUUCAAGAUCCACAGUAGAGUUCUCAAGUAAAGAAAUGUCAGACAAGAGUCAGUUGACUGAGCAAAUUCUUCAAAAUGACAGAGGCACAGCCACACGAGAUGGUUGGGUUGAUGGAUUUGGAGCUGAGUUAUCAGAUGUUAUCAGUACUACUCCUGAACUGGAAGACAUUGAAGAUAUUUCCCAAGACAGCAGUAUAGGGAUUGAAAAAGUUUCAUUAAAAAGGGAACAGAGACGGCCAAACACUUUAUAUCAAGAACUCAGUUUUCACGACACUGAUGCGCUGGGAGAAGUGGAUGAAGGAACUGAUAUCUCGGGUGGAUAUGUUCAUCCUGGAGAGUUUGCAUCAUCUGACAGUGACAGUGAAACAGAAAAUGAACAUUUUCCGAAGGUUACUGACAACUUCUUUG